CCACACGAUUCUGAGCCUGAAGGAACAGUGAGGUCAUCGGUAGUCGCAAACGAUGAUAUGCUCCUCUUGCCACCACUCACUGAUCCUCUCUACCCCAGUGAGAACAAAAAGACAAACCUCAUGCCACCGCCGCCGCUUCCGCUUGACUGUAUUUUUCGCCGCUGGAAACUGCUAUAAUGAUCGCAGUGAGAGCGACAAGAGCGGCUGCUCGUCGGAGUUCGUUCAGAAUAUUCUGCUUCGAUCCCUCGCCGGAUUCCUCUCUCUUGCUUUAGUUUCGUCCAAUUAUCCUCCGCUCGCGGCGGAGUCAUUGCCUUCUCCGGCUGAGGUGUGCCAGGAAGAAGUUGCGGCGGGGGAUGAGGUGUCCUCUGCGUCGGCGACCAACGACGAUCUCGUGGAGGAGGCGUGGGAGGUCGUUAAUGAGAGCUUCAUUGCCGGCGCUGGUCGCCGGGCUUGGUCGCCGGAGAAGUGGCUGCAAGAGAAAGAAUACAUCUUCCAAAACAACAUCAAAACAAGAAGUAGAGCUCACAAUGUGAUCCAGAAGAUGCUAGCUAGCCUUGGAGAUCCAUAUACUCGUUUUCUUUCUCCUGCAGAAUUCUCCAAGAUGGCAAAGUAUGAUGUGACUGGGAUUGGCAUUAAUCUUAGAGAAGUUCCUGAUGAGAACGGUGUUGCAAAAAUCAAAGUUUUAGGUGUUAUAUUGGAUGGCCCAGCACAUUCUGCUGGCGUAAAACAGGGAGAUGAGCUCUUAUCUGUCAAUGGACUUGAUAUCAAGGGGAAAUCUGCAUUUGAAGUAUCCUCUAUGCUACAAGGUCCAAAAGAAACAUUUGUAACCGUUGAGGUCAGGCAUGGAGAUUGUGGCCUGGCCCAUUCUAUUAAAAUCCAAAGGCAAAAUGUUGCACGAACUCCAAUAUUUUAUCGUCUAGAGAAAAUGGGGGAGGGAAAUGUUCCUGUUGGAUAUGUACACAUAAAGGAGUUUAAUGCAUUGGCAAGAAAGGAUUUAAUUACUGCAUUGAAAAACCUCCUUGAUUAUGGUGUUUCCUACCUGGUUUUGGAUCUCAGAGAUAAUCUCGGUGGCCUUGUGCAGGCUGGAAUUGAGGUUGCCAAGCUUUUCUUGGGCAAAGGAGAUACGGUAAUCUACACUGCUGGCAGGGAUGCUGAAAUGCAAAAAGCCAUCAUUGCAGAUACAUCACCAUUUUUUAGCCGUCCAAUCAUAGUUCUUGUGAAUAACAGAACUGCAAGUGCAAGUGAAAUAGUUGCAUCAGCACUUCAUGAUAAUUGCAAAGCUGUUAUUGUGGGAGAGAGGACUUACGGCAAGGGACUGAUACAAUCUGUUUAUGAGCUUUUUGAUGGAUCUGGUUUGGUGGUCACUAUUGGCAAGUAUGUCACAACCAACCACAUGGACAUCAAUGGAAAUGGAAUAGAACCAGAUUUUUCUCGCUUUCCAGCAUUAAAUGAUGUUUCAAACUAUCUUUCCCAGUGCCAGAUGCAAAGGGUGGGAUCAGUAAAGGUUUGAAUUAUGCUCAUAUUUCACUCGAACAGAUUGAAUAUUUCUCUAUGAUAGAAGAGCGAUUUCAUUGUAAAUGCCUGCUUCAUUACUUACUGGUACUGUUGUCCAUUUCUAUACUGGGGUUGCAACAGACUGAAUUGGUCUUUAGUAGAUAGCUCAUGGCAUUUAAAUUAUUAGUGAAGGAAUGAUAAGCUUGAAUGAGCUAACUAUCAUUUUGUAAUUUAUAAACCAUUAAUGUUCGAUUUACCAUUUUGAUACGA